AUGAAUGACAUGACGUACAAUGAUCACACGAUGGAGGCUCACACAUGGAUCAAAGAGGCUCAUCAACUCAUGUUUGAACGAUCUUUUAAAAGAGCUUUUGAAAUUUUGGAAAAAUUAUUACAAGAGAGUAAUCACAGAAUCAAUGAUUCAACAUUGUUGAAUAAAAUUAAUGAAUUGAAAAAUGAAUCUCCGAUGACGGAUCAAGCCGCCAUAUUAUAUUAUAUGGCCACUUGUUUGAGAGAAGAAAACAAACACAAGCUAUCAGCUUCAUAUUAUGAAAAAGCAAUGGAAGCAUUUGAAAAUCAAAACAAAAUAUCUGAUGUGAAAGAAGAGGAUCUUUUGACCGAUUUUGCAUUGUGUUUAGUUCGUGACGGAAGUACACACCGAUCGAAACAGCUCUACGAAAGAGCACUGAAUUUGAAUUCAAGAAAUGUAACGGCCAUAAGUGGCUUAUCAGCUUGUUAUUUAAUUUUAGGAGAUAUUUUAAUGGCCAAAAAGUUAAUUGAAAAUGCAAAGAGUAUUGAUCCUUCGUAUUAUCAUAUUUAUCACGUGAGUGGAAUGCUUCUCGAUGAAGAGAAAGAUUAUGAAGGAGCUAUUGAAAUGUACACAAAAGCGUCAAUAUUGAAUCCCAUGUAUGCAAGAAGCCAUUACAACAAAGCAUUGACCUUCGAGAAAAAGUUUAGAUUUUCAGAGGCCAUUCAAGAAUAUGAAGAAUGUUUACGUAUUGAUCCAAAUCAUUCACAUUCCAUUCAAAACCUUAGCUAUUUGUAUUAUCAAGACAGUGGACAACGAGACAAAUCUAAAAAAUUGUUGGAUGAGUUCAUGAAAAAUAAUGACGAUGCAGAUACGCUGUCAUCCAUUUCAGACAGUUUCAGAGACUUGGGAGAGGACACAAAAGCGUGUGAAGUGAUCACUCGGGCAAUAAUCUUGCAACCACAGAAUGCCUUAUUGUAUGUGAAACGAGCUCACCUGCUCAAGUAUCUCGAGAGAAUAGAUGAAGCAAUUUCUGACUAUGAAAAAGCAUGCGAACUAGACCCUACAAACGAAGACCAUAAGAUCAUGUUAAGAAAUUUUAAAUUCGGCCCGAGUAGACAUACGCUGGUGGUUACAGGUGAUGACACAGCUUGCCAGCUUGGAAAUAUUUCCUUAGAAGACCAGUCACACUGCCUUUGGAAGCCAAUCUCAUACUCUGUACUCAAUGAUAGAAUUAAUCAAAUCGUGGCUGGAUCCCAAUUUUCUGUUUUCUGGGGAGACAACGUGGGCAACAUUCCAAAAAUUUAUGAAUGUGGUCUGUUAAAUCAGCAAACUUUUUCAAUUUUCGAAGAGGUUCCACUUCCAGAUGAUGCAUCCUCGAUUCAACAGAUCAGUUGUGGCUUAAAUCACUACAUGGUACUUUUAUCUGAUGGAAGAUUGUUUGGAAAAGGUCUUAACUCAGAACAUUGUCUGUCAUUACCUAUACCUGAUCAUAUUUAUCAUGAUCUCACAUUAAUCGACACUAGUCAAUGUGUUACAGAGUCAAUUCAAUCCAUAAUUUGUGGAUAUGCAUCUUCAGCUGUGAUUACCACCAACAAUACGCUCUAUAUUACAGGAAUAGCACCUUCAUUCAAACUUGAUUCAUGUAUCUCAUGCAAGACGUUAUCCUUCCUUUCAGAACGCAAAAUGAUUAUUUGGGGCAAGAACAGAAAAUUGCUCUUAAAAAGUAUUCGUGGAGAUGACGAGAAAUUUGUGGAUCUAGAUUUACAGCUUCACGAGGAUGUUGUAAAAAUCACCUCUGGUUAUCUAUUUUCAUUUAUAUUGACCAAUCUUGGGAAUCUCUUCCUAUAUGGCUCUCUGUUUGAUAAUAAUUACGAGGACGAACAUUCAUGGCUCAACAAGCCCAUCACAAAAAUUAAUACUUUUUCCUUUAGUCCUGUGACAUACAGCCCUAUCAAAGAUGUUGCUUGUGGUUUGUAUAGCGCAUUUGUUAUCACUCGAGACCAUUCGUUUUAUGCGAUUGGAGAUGGCAGAAAUGGAGAGUUGGGACUUGGAGAAUCAUUGCCAUCCAUUGCUCAAUUUACCAAAAUUCCUGGCCUCGAGAAUCCUCUUCUGAAUGCAGUAGCAGCUGGAUCACAUUCAACAUUCUUCUAUCGCUCUCUUAUUUUGGAGCAACAAACGAUUGAAAGGAGUUUUAAUUUCAAAAGAAAAUUCAAAACUGAUAUUGUUAUUGAGUGUUUACGAUGGUGUUAA